AUGAGUGACUCGGACUAUUUCUACGGUGAUGACGGAGGCACAGCGGGCUUGGAGAAUGACCUGCCAGGGUCCGUUAAAGAGCCUUUGGGCAGCCAAGCUUCAGAGAAGCCUUACGUCGAGCACUUCAGGGAUGCUGCGAAGGUAUAUCGGCGCGGCCAGACCUUUCUAGAUAGGUUUAACAUGGAUCCCUAUGCAGUACAUCGCGAAGACAAUUUGUACUAUCCAUUCGUGUCCCGUCAGGAUUGGGAGCUCAGCAGUUUUCUCCUGUGCUCGUCAUUAAGUAUGGCAGCCAUAGACGAGUUCCUGGGGCUGGAACUAGUGAAAGCAUUGCCCCUCUCCUUUCAUACCGCCAAGGAGUUACGUGGGCGUUCUGAGCUGCUGCCUUCUGUUCUGAAGUGGCAGUACUGCGUCAUCUCGACGACUCACCCAACAAAGAAGCCUCUACAUCUUUACUGGCGUGAUCCGUUGGAUUGCAUCGAAUCGCUUUUUAGCCACCUGCUCUUUGCAAACAAAAUAGAUCUCACACCUCAACCAUGGUCAAUGCAGUCACAACUUCUGGAUGGUGCGACAUUGUUAGGCAUCAUACUUUCCUCCGAUAAAACCAACAUUACCAACAUGACUGGUGGACGUGUUGCUCACCCGCUCUUGAUCAGCCUUGCCAAUAUCAAGAUGGCGACUCGAAAUAAGGCAUCCUCACAUGCUUUCCUCCUGACAGCGCUGCUUCCAAUUGCGGAAUUUUUGCAUCUGGUGAAGCAGAUGCAGAGUGUUCUCGAAGCCCGCUUGGUCCACCAAUGUCUAGAUAUUGUGCUGGAGCUGCUCAAGCAAGCUGCACACAUCGGGCAGAUGAUGUCAGACCCACUUGGAAACCUCAGAUAUUGUUUUACCCCCUUAGCCUCGUACAUUGUCGAUACACCCGAGGCAUGCAUGCUCGCAUGUGUUCGAGGAAAGACUUUGCCAGCUCGAACAGCUAAAACAACUCUCAGCCAGCUUUCAAGCAUCAAUUGUGAUCCCCUUGACGUUGAAGGCUACUUCAAUGCAUGUGCCACCUUCCGCCUGAGCGGUGUGGCCCAGCCAUUCUGGCGUGAUUGGCCACUUGCAGAUCCAUAUCUGUUUUUGACUCCAGAAUCCCUGCAUCACUGGCACUGUGAGUUCCAUGAUCACGAUGUUAAGUGGUGUCUUGCAGCUGUUGGCGAGCAGGAACUAGACUUUUGCUUCUCUGUUUUACAACCACUCACGAUGUUCCGAUGCUUCCAUUGCGGUAUUUCAAAGCUUAAACAAGUCACUGGAAGAGCCCAGCGUGACAUGCAACAUUAUAUUGUUGCUCUCAUUGCAGAUGCAGCCCCCCAUGGCGUUGUCAUAGCUAUUCGCACGCUGAUGGAUUUUUGCUACUUAUCACAGGCAACAACGAUCAAUCAAGAACAUUGUCAAAAGAUUCUUGGCGCCCUCGCGGAAUUCCACGAACACAAGCAAGAUAUAAUUGCUUGCGGCGUGCGUCGAGGUGCCAAGAGCAAACAGGUCCUCGACAACUGGCAUAUACCCAAACUGGAGUUGAUGCAGAGUGUCGUGCCCAGUAUAUGUCAAGUCGGUUCUCUCUUGCAGUGGUCUGCCGACACCACCGAGUAUGCUCACAUCACCCUUAUCAAGGAUUCUGCAGAUUCCACCAACAACAUCAAUUAUGAUGCUCAAAUAUGCCGGUUUCUUGAUCGCCAAGAAAAGUCCUCUGCUUCCUCGUCUCGAAUGAUGGACACUGAUUCUGAACAUCAUGACUUGGAUGAAGGUCCACUGGCAUAUAUUGAUGAAGCUCAUUUGCAGACAGUUUUGGAUGAUCUCUGGGGGCCGAAGCGUGUUGUGACCAAUUUUUUCAGAAAGGCAGAGCAAGUCUCUUUGGACAUCAAAGCAGCCAGACCUCUCCGCACAUUUGUGGUCGUCGAUGUCAUUGCUGAAAAACUAUCUCUACCCGACUUGCGGGGAGCACUCGCUGACUAUAUUCAACGAGAGGGUACUAUGGCUCAGAAAUUCCACUUGCUGGGAGGACAACACCGAGCACUGUCCCAUGCACCUCUUCCAUUUGACGACCUUAUGGUCUGGUUCAAAGUGCGUGUGCAGCAGGCAUCAUACCAUACCCCAUCGAUCAUUCCUCCUGCUCUCACAGUCAAUGCAUCUCCCCCGAGCGCAACUUGGAAGCAUGGCCACUACGGUGCUGCUAUUUUCGCUGUUGAUGACACCAGAUGUGAACAAUGGCCCACUAGUGGGCUUAAAGGCCAUGCUGUUGUUGAGGUGCACCUUAUCAUGCAACCACUUCCUCCACAAGGAACUAGUAGUAGUGCCUCUUGGGCUGCGCAUUUCCUUAUGUAUGUUCAACGGUUGGAUGUCAUGCCUCAGCGACAUGGCAACUUACUAGAACACACAACGCAAGUGCAUGUUUUAAAGUGUGCAAUGCGAUCAGCAGGGACUCCUUUUGGUGACAUCCUCCCACUAGAUCAACUUCGUUCUCUGGAUCACAUUAUCCCCCGCUUUGGCCAUGUUGCCGAUUCACGUCUAACAGCGGAAAAUAGUGCUCAUUUUGCUCAGACGUUCUUCUUGAACAAAUACAUUGACAAGGACUUCUACUAUGCUAUCUCAAACUCCGAGCCGUAG